GUCAGGCGGCUUAUUUAGAAGCGCUUCGCCAGCAUGUCAGCCGGAGCUGGAGAAGGAGCAUACAGCUUCUCCCUCACCACCUUCUCCCCGUCUGGCAAGCUCGUACAGAUCGAACAUGCGCUUGCGGCAGUGUCGGCUGGUGCCACUUCGUUAGGCAUCAAAGCCACAAAUGCCAUCGUUAUCGCGACAGAAAAACGCAUGCCGUCUCCCCUGGUAGAUGACUCGGCCUUAGAGAAGGUCAGCUUGAUCUGCCCUAACAUCGGCAUGGUGUACAGCGGCAUGGGCCCGGAUUUCAGGGUGCUGGUCGCAAAGGCGAGGAAGUCUGCGCAGGCCUACUGGAAGAUCUACGGCGAAUACCCACCAACUCGCGUGCUGGUGCAGGAAGUCGCGACUGUCAUGCAAGAGGCUACUCAGAGCGGAGGAGUCCGUCCAUUUGGCGUGUCACUGCUCAUCGCCGGCUUUGACAAGGUCCGCGGCCCAUCCCUGUAUCAAGUAGACCCCUCCGGAUCUUACUUCAUGUGGAAGGCAAGCGCAAUGGGCAAGAACAUGACCAACGCCAAGACUUUCCUGGAGAAGAGAUACAACGAUGACAUCUCGUUAGAAGAUGCGAUUCACACGGCGCUGCUGACGCUCAAGGAAGGCUUCGAAGGGCAGAUGACCGAAAAGACGAUCGAGAUCGGUAUCAUUGGCGAAAACACGCUCGCCAACGUACCUGGAUCAGAGGUGCAGCUGCCGAGCUUCCGGAAGCUGAGCGAGAGCGAGAUCAAGGAUUACCUAGCGUUGUAACUUGCUCGUCUUUGGCAUCGUCAGAGGAAAACCGAAGAUAUAUGCACGCGCACCAACUCUUUGUCCAGUGGAUCCAGCCUCUGGGUAUUUUUGUUCCACCCUAGUCUCGACUUAUGCACACUGAGACGGAUGGGCUGUCGCAAGUUGCGAUAACAUCACACUUGGUCAUUCCAUCCAAAGGCGAAGGCGUGCGUAACGAAAGAUCGCGUGCGCUAAUGCUCCUGCAAACUUGAAUUCGUGUAGAAUAGCAGAUAUGGCCUCAGCCUCAAGCUUCGUCUAUUCAUCGCAGAUCGCGC